CCUCCUCAUCAGUCUCCGUCAGCUUUUUGCUCUCCCAACCGACCGGCAGGCCGAGCUUUACCACCUCAGCAAAAUGUCCAUCCCCAACUCAGAGAACGCCUCCACCUUGGAGAACGCCAUGCAGCUGAUGAUCCAGACCUUCCAUAAGUACUCCGGUAACGAGGGGGACAAGUACACACUGAGCAGGGCCGAGCUCAAAGAGAUGCUCACCACGGAGCUGGGCAACUACCUGGGGAACGCCCAGGACAAGGAGGCGGUGGACAAGGUGAUGGGAGACCUGGACUCCAACAACGACGGUGAGGUGGACUUCACCGAGUUCAUCAUCCUGGUCGGGGCUCUAACUGUGGCCUGUAACGACUUUUUCCUGGAGUACAACGACAAAUCGGAGAAGAAGAAGUGAACGCACAAAGAACA